AUGGCUCUAAUGCCGCGCUUCUGCGCUUUGCAGGCAUUCCUGGCAUUUUUCCUGCCCCUGUCUUCAACUUCGCCAAGCGAUACAGCCGGAUACCCCAUCGGAUUACAAUCUAACGAGAGCGUCGGCCAGCAGCACGUCGUCAGCUCUUUUGUCCCGGAUCACCCUCGUCUGCUGCAACCAGUUCGUGGUCCCGCAGCGUCAUCGACAGCGACAUCAAUUCCCGCCCUCCUCUUAAACGGCUGGCAGCGCGACUGCUUCUCCAGUGGGCACGGGAGCAGUGGCGUCGACAUGGCUCUAAUGCCGCGCUUCUGCGCUUUGCAGGUGUGUAAUCAAUUUUCUCUUUACGCCAAAAAAAGUAACGACCCCUACUUGCUCUUGCUCCCGUGCCCAGGAGUGCUUUGUGAAAUUGCCUGUGAUUGUUUUUCGAUGUUUCGGUUGCUAUUGCGCUGCGGUGACGUCGAAGUGAAUCCGGGCCCUCAUACUCGUUCUGGGACUCUUCUGGAGGUUGACACUCUGCCUGACGAGCCGUCCGAACAGAUGGCUGUCCUUUUUCACCUUCUAAAAGACCUUCAGGCACGGUCUGUUCAAUCGGCACAGAGUCAAGUUGAGCUGGUCGCUGACGUAAAAUCAAUAAAGACUGGCCAAAAAAAUAUUGAAACUAAAAUUGGCCACAUUCAAAAACGGCUAGACGCCCUUGAAGAAAAAACAAAGGUACUCGACAAUUUUAACACGAACCUGGUCGAAAUUCAGGACUCGGUAAAAGUGCUAACCACUCAGCAUGACUCAAUGGAAUCCCGCCUCGACGAACUGGAGGACAGGUCGCGGCGUGACAACUUACUCUUUUAUGGCAUUCCCGACUCUCGCGAGUCAUGGGAGCAGUCUGAGGCACACGUGAAAAGAAUUUUGACAAACGCACUCGAUACCAUGCCUGAAAAUUCCAUUGAACGCGCCCAUCGUCUGGGGCCACUCACGCCGAACAAAUGCCGCCCCAUCAUAGUUAAGCUUUCUGGCUACAAAAUAAAAGAUAAGAUCCUUUCGGCACGCGCUAAGCUGAGGGAAAUAAACGUUACUGUUAGCGAAGAUUUCUCGCCCGCCACGCGUAUUGCUCGAAGAAAGCUUAUCGAG